AUGCAGUACCGUUUCCUCGGCGCGACCGGAUUGAAGGUCUCUGCUCUCUCCCUCGGUGGCUGGAUCACCUACGGAGGACAAGUGACUGGUGACGGUGCCGCGGAGUGCAUGGCCAAAGCAUGGGAGUACGGGAUCAACUACUUCGACACUGCGGAGGUCUACGCAAACGGAGAAUGCGAAAAGGCAAUGGGUGCCGCGAUCCAGAAGUUGGGAUGGAACAGGUCUGACUACGUUAUCUCGACCAAGUUGUACUGGGGUGGAGCGGGACCAAACGACAAGGGCUUGAGUAGGAAGCAUUUGCUGGAGGGUAUGAAGAAGAGUUUGGAGAGGUUGCAAUUGGAUUAUGUUGAUAUUGUCAUGGCGCACCGUCCCGAUCCGCUUACGCCUAUGGAGGAGAUCGUUCGUGCGUUCACCAAGAUCGUCAAUGAUGGUCAUGCUCUUUACUGGGGUACAUCCGAGUGGUCCGCGUUCGAGAUCGAGCACGCUCACCAUGUCGCGACCAAAUACAACCUCAUCGCGCCCUCUGUCGACCAGCCUCAGUACAACCUCCUUGAGCGCAACAAGCUCGAGAAGGAGUUUGUGCCUUUGUUCAAGUUGUACGAGUAUGGUACCACCAUCUGGUCUCCCCUCUCUUCUGGUAUCUUGACCGGAAAGUACAACGACGGCAUCCCCGAGGACGGCCGCCUUGCCCGCGAUGACCCCAUCAUGAAGAAAUUCCGUGAUGGUCUCUCCACCGAGGAAGGAAAAGCCAAGCUCGAGAAGGUUCGUAAGCUCACCAAGGUCGCCGAGAAACUCGGUGCCACCACCGCUCAGCUUGCCUUGGCUUGGUGCUUGAAGAACCCUAAUGUCUCUACCGUCAUCACUGGAGCUUCUAAGCCUGAACAGGUCGACGAGAACGUCAAGGCUCUUGAGAUCUUGGAGAAGAUUGAUGAUGGUGUUAUGAAGGAAAUCGACGAGAUUUUCCAGAACAAGCCUGCCGAGCAGGAGUUGUUCGGUCGUUGGGCGUGA